AUGACGGCCUGCAGCUACCCACCCACACCACAGAAUCGUCUACCUACGUCCCUCCCCCACUGGACAAAGAAGAAAUGGAAGAACUCCCCGAUAUCAUCCUUCCUUCCCUCCCCCCCCCCCUCAUGGAGGACAGAGAACAAUGUUAUCACACCCUACCCUCCCCCACUCCCGUUCUCCCCCUCUGCGCCAGAGACCUCUGAGGAAGAAGAUCUCCGUGCUCAACUUGAAGUCGCUGAAACGAAUAGAUCCAUUAUUCGUGUCCACGCCCCCUCCGCACCAAACACCAUGCCCUACUUUACCCCCACCCCCGAAGGCGGGUUCCCUAUAAUCCACCUCUCACAUGCCGCCUCUCCAUUCGACCACAUCGAUCAUGAAAUCAUUAAUGCAUGGAUCCAGGUCGGAGACCCCAAGUUUCUCGUCCGUGUCUUCGACUAUGACGGAAAAGACAUGAGAACAUGA